AUGGGUGUUUCUGUGGUUAUCAACAAGCACACGACAACCUCGAAGCCGUACCCGCACGUCGUCUAUGUCGUUGAGAUCACAACGGGAACGACGAAGAUUGUUAUACAUCGACGCUAUUCAGAGUUUGUAGCGCUUCAUGCUGCUCUGAAAGAUGGUUUCUCGCUACCAUCCAAGCACGCGAUCCUCACUGCUAUUUUUCCUUCUGGGUGGCUCGACGACGCGUUGAUCGCGGAGCGCAAGGUUGGCCUAGCCAAAUAUCUCGCAGCCUUGUUAUGGUCACCCGAGUUCAGGGACACUCCGAUCAUUAAAGGGUUCCUUGAACGCGAUGCGCUGAAGCCCGAUGAGAAUAUCGAUGUUGAAGACGUUCUUCCUUCGACACUGACCAGAAAGGAUGUUUCGGCAUUUUUUUCUCUCCGUGAUCAGGUCCAAUCUCUGUCAUUGGUAGAGGACGACCACGAAGAGGAACAAGUACCUGUUCAGGAGGAACCACCGAAGAAGAAGCUUGUAUCUGCAGCUUACUAUCCUGAGUGGUGCGCUGGAACGCUUCCUCCCGAGAGCUUGGAUUAUUCCAAGUUCGAUAUCAUCUUCUUUGGUUUCGCCACACCUAACGCCUCGUCGACACUUGACUGGGCGCGUGAUACUUUGGCUCUUCUGAAGCGCCUGAUUGCCUGUGCGAAGGCUAGCGGUUUCGGUACUAAGAUAGCUUUGUCCAUCGGUGGUUGGAAUGGAAGUCAAUGGUUCAGUCAUCUUUGCGCUUCGGCCAACAACCGAAUGACUUUUGUGCAAACGAUCCAAAACGUUGUAAACACAUACGAACUAGACGGUAUUGAUCUUGAUUGGGAAUUCCCCAACGCUAAAGGGGCAGGAAAUCCGUACUCUGCUCAUGACGCCGCAAAUUUCUUGCUGUUGAUUCAAUCUCUCCGUUCCGCAUUGGGUCCUGCGAAAAUCAUUUCUGCUGCCGUUCAACACGCCCCUUGGGCAGGCGCAGAUGGAACGACCCUCAACGAUGUUUCGGCUUAUGCAGAGAGUUUGACCUAUAUCAACAUCAUGAACUAUAGCGUAUGGGGUACGUCUGCUCCAGGACCUAAUGCACCGUUAGGUCACGCUAUCAAGAACCAGAGGAGAGUACAGACCACGGCGGAAGCGGCUCUUCUUCGUUGGAAAACGGCUGGCUUCCCAAGCGGACAGAUUUUACUUGGUUUACCAUUGUUUGGCCAUGUAUUCAAAAGCAAGAAAACAGCUCUGAACGGAGGCACGCCUCCUACUCCAACUGAUCACAUUCUGUCGUUCGCUAGCCACACCUUCAAAGGUGCUCAUAAGGCUGUCUAUGUCAAGGAUCUCGGAAAGAAACCCAAUUCGAGAGGAGCAUUGUCUGCUUGGUGGGGCAAACCCAUUGCGUUCAAGGACAUCGUUGCCUCGGGUGCGCUUGUGAAAAGAUUCGAUGGGAAUUAUGGCCACGGGGAUGGAUUUACUAUGGGUUGGGAUGAUCCAAGCUCUACCCCUUACAUUUUUAACGUUGAGAAGAAGACCUUGAUUACUUUUGAUAAUACUCGAUCUCUUGCCGCCAAAGUAAAGUUUGCGCAGGAGAAUGACCUCGCAGUUUCUUCACCAUGCUCAUUGCAACACUCAUGGCUACAGGAUGAUGGAACUUCUUUGCAAGAUGUGAUUCGAGCAGCGAUGGGCAUACAAACUGUGUGGCCUAUAAAUCUCGAGUCUAAUCCAUAUUCUUUAUUCACCUCUUUCCCAAUUACUUCGAUGUCUUCUGCUAUUGACUCACUGUUCAUCUACAACCAUACCACUUCAUCGUUCCCCCAACCUCACGUCGUGUACAUCAUCAAUGUGAUACGCGAGAAUGGGAAUCAAUAUGAAGUCCUUCGCCGUUAUUCUGAGUUUGUAACAUUAAAGGAAGCCCUCGAAGUUCCUUUUCCAUUACCACCAAAACAUGUUUUUGCCACUUCGUUCUUACCCUCGGCAUGGGUCGACAACCAGCUGAUCGAAGAAAGAAAGAGAGGACUGCAAAUGUUUCUGACCCACUUGCUUCAUCGUUUGGAUGCUCGCUCUUCCGCGACCUUUCUGGCGUUUAUUGGAGCCAGCGACCUUGUGAUGAAUGAAUCCUGCUUCUGGCCCAAAGCAGGAUUACCUGAGAUGUCCUUCAAAGGGACUUUGAUGCCCAAGGAAAUCCUCAAAAAUGAGCCAGAAAGGACGACUAAGCCUAUCGCUGCUGCUUAUUAUCCAUCUUGGGCGUCUGAUUCCAGCCCGCCGCACAAGAUCGACUUUUCCAAGUUCGAUGUCCUUUUCUUUGCAUUCGCUACUCCGAACGGAGAGGCUGGUAUAAACUGGGACAGUGGCGCUCAGGAAUCUUUGAAAAACCUUGUUUCCUGCGUCCGAAGAAGCGGUCAUCCGACCAAGAUAGUUCUUUCUGUUGGAAAUUCGAGAAUUAUAUCUGCGGCAGUAACCCAGCUUCCGUGGCUAGGACCUAAAGGCUUACCUCUCACAAACGUCGAAGAGUACGCAAAGUAUAUGAGCUUCGUGAACAUCAUGAAUUACGACGUUUUCACCUCCUCAUCUCACCCUGGUCCCAAUGCCCCACUAAGCGAUGCAUGUGGAACGAGUCGUCAGCCACAAGCAACAGCUGAGGCUGCUUUCAAACAGUGGACUCGGGCAGGGAUGCCUGCUUCCAAGCUUCUCCUUGGACUCCCAUUGUAUGGAUAUGUCUCAAAGAGCACAGACAAGAAGCUUUCUGGCAGCUUUGCUCCGUCUGGACGGAUACUAAAUGUUGCCCACCCGAAAUCAAAGCGCCCGAUAUCGUUGUCAGGUGCUGCAGGCGACCUUAGCAAGCUGUGGGGGCAACAAAUUGCGUUCUGCCAGUUGGUUGAGGCUGGAGCUUUGGAAAAGAGAGGGGAGCACUAUGUUGCCGCUAACGGAUAUACAAUGGGUAAAGUCUGCCAAACAUUGAUGAUAGGCGCCUAA